AAGUCACCGGGCUGCGUUCCUCGGAGAACAGCCCUAUCUCCCAGAACUGAGUAUCAGCGCAUAGGAAGUUGGGACCUUAGAGCGAAGGGGGAGGGGAGUGGUGCAGCCCGCAUUCUCUUCUGGAAGGAGUCGCUGCAAGCCCUGCGGUUGGACAUAAGUUUGCGUAAGAGUGUUUUCCUUUUGUCAAUUAUUAAUCACCGGAAUCAGUUUGGCAGAACUGGAGUUUUAGCAGUAGUGCAGAGGGCGGGGCCCGAACACCUAACUCUGGGAGCCUCGGCUGCGCUCAGCACAGUGGCAAGCUAACAGAAGCUGGGGAGAAGCCAGAACAUCUAAACUCACUCAAAGGCAGGAGAUGAAGAAAUAGAGAAAUAAUCUACACCAGAUUGUUCAGAGGAAAUCUGCUGCCACGCACCAAGCCUGGACCCUCCUGUACAGGCAGACUUUCCACGGCUUAAGGAAGAACCAUGGAUUUCAAGCGUGUGAAGGAGUAUUUAGCCUGGCUCUACUAUCAAUACCAAAUCAUCACCUGCUGUGCUGUUAUGGAGCCUUGGGAACAAUCCAUGACCAAUACCAUUUUGCUAACCAUUGUUGCUAUGGUGGUAUACACUGCCUAUGUCUUCAUCCCCAUUCACAUUCGCCUGGCUUGGGAAUUUUUCUCCAAAAUAUGUGGCUAUAACAGUUCAAUUUCUAACUGAUCUUAUCGGAAUUCUGUGAAAUGGCAUAGUGUAUUCACGUUGCUUACAACUUACUGACUUGGGUGACUGUAUCAUCUUUCACCUCUGACCUGACCAGCACUCUUUCUAUGCACUGUCACACACAUCCUGCCUGGAGUAUGAGAUAGGCGUCUUCCCACUUGCUUUUGCACAUGCAGCAUUGUGCAUCAGAUGAUGGAAAAGGCAAUGAUUUUAACCCCAUAGCCCACAUUUGCUCAACUCAACUCAAUGGCUUUAGAUUUCUUUUGAAAUCAGGAUGCUUUGAAAUAAAACUUUUCUAGAAAAAUAGGCUUAUAAGAGACAUGACAGAGUUAUAUUUACACUACUCUGUUCAUAUUAUUCUAUACAAAAGGAUAUGUUGCAAAAGAAUUCUUCAUAGACUACUAUCAAAAGCACCCUGUGCUUGUUUACAAUUUAUCAAAAGAUGGGAAUAAAAUAGAUGGACCUUUAAGGUCUUAUUUUCCGGUGAAUAGCUAAUACCUAAAAUUCAUUUCUUCUAUUUUUCAUUUUUUUUUGUUGCUUUCCCUAAAAUUCUUUUACUUCAAAGUAAUAGGCCAGAGAUAAUUAUCUUUUUUUCAGAUUUGGUUUCAGCUUUGUUUUAAAUGCUCCUGAAGCCUGGCUUUAUCACAGCUUUAAAGGAAUGAUGAUUUUUUUUUAGGUGAACAAAUAACUGUUAUGCUACAGAAUAAUUUGUUUAAGAAACAAAGUAUAACCAAAGCAAAUUCAGAUAUUGUAACUUUUGAUCACGCCCCACCUUACAUGAUGCAGGAGAAAAAAGAAGGGAGAGUGUUGUUUUGCUUUGCCUUUGGUGAGAGGAAGGAAAACUGCAUGUCCUGGGCUACAGGAAGAAAAGCUGAUAAAUAGGCUGGAAGUAAUAGCCAAGCAGCGGGAAGUCGACAGCUCCAGUUAAAGGCUUUGAUAUAGCAGCUCCUCUGCACAGCAGAAACAAGAUUUAUUAAAUUUCUCUCAAAAUGUUUAUCUUCAAAGCAAGUAUAAGAUUUUAAUUAUAGUGCCGAGUCAAACAUAAAAGCCAAAGACCAAACCUUGUAGUUUUUCUUUCCUCCCAAUAAAUAUUAAUGUUAGUGAUUCUGGAGGGUAAAAAAUAAAUAAAUAAACAGGUUUUGAACACUAUUAGCACCUUUGUUUUAGGAGGAAAAUAUUCCAGGGAGUCAUAUAAAGAAAGACAUUGGGCUUGCAAAACCAACCUGCAUGUCUGUUUAAAAAAUGAAACGCACAUUUUAAAGAGAAACCAGAUAUGAAAUA